UUCCGUUGUCCUGUCACAUUAAGAAGGAGAAGCCCUUGGGCGACUGGUAUAAGGGCGAGCCAAUGGACACAUCGUCCUCGUCGGGGACGGCCAGCGAGGAAGAGGAGUGGUUGGGGUCUUCAGGCACGCACAGCUCCCCCACCAGUGCUCAGAGUAAGAAGAAGAUCUUCAAGCCUGCGGAGCUGCGGCAGGCCCUCAUGCCCACCCUGGAGGCUCUGUACCGCCAGGACCCUGAGUCCCUGCCCUUCAGACAGCCUGUGGACCCCAUGCUGCUGGGCAUCCCGGACUACUUUGACAUUGUGAAGACCCCCAUGGACCUGUCCAGCAUCAAGAGGAAGCUGGACACGGGCCAGUACCAGGAGCCCUGGCAGUACGUGGACGACAUCUGGCUCAUGUUCAACAACGCCUGGCUGUACAACCGCAAGACGUCGCGCUUCUACAAAUACUGCUCAAAGCUGGCCGAGGUGUUCGAGCAGGAGAUCGACCCCGUCAUGCAGGGCAUGGGCUACUGCUGCGGGCGGAACUAUGAGUUUUCGCCCCAGACCCUGUGCUGCUAUAGCAAACAGCUCUGCUCCAUCUCCAGGGACAGUACCUACUACAGCUACCAGAACAGGUACCACUUCUGUGAGAAGUGCUUCAACGAGAUCCAGGGAAACAGUGUCACCCUGGGGGACGACCCUGCACAGCCUCAGACGAUGAUUUGUAAAGACCAGUUUGAGAAGAAGAAGAACGACAUGUUGGACCCUGAGCCGUUUGUUGAAUGUAAGGACUGUGGAAGGAAGAUGCACCAGAUCUGCGUGCUGCACAAUGAUGUAAUCUGGCCGUCUGGCUUCAUCUGUGACAACUGUCUGAAGAAGUCGGACAAGAUGAGAAAGGAGAACAAGUUUGCAGCCAAGAGGUUGCAGACCACACGGCUGGGUAUGUACAUCGAGGACCGGGUGAACAAGUACCUGAAGAGGCAGAACCACCCGGAGGCGGGGGAGGUGUUCGUGCGGGUGGUGGCCAGCUCCGACAAGACGGUGGAGGUGAAGCCGGGCAUGAGGACCAGGUUUGUGGACUCUGGGGAGAUGAUGGAGAGCUUCCCCUACAGAACCAAAGCACUUUUUGCCUUUGAGGAGAUCGACGGCGUGGACGUGUGUUUCUUCGGCAUGCACGUCCAGGAGUAUGGCUCUGAGUGCUCCUUCCCCAACACCAGGCGGGUGUACAUAUCGUACCUGGACAGUAUCCACUUCUUUAAGCCCCGCGGGUUGAGGACGGCCGUCUACCACGAGAUCCUGAUUGGCUACCUGGAGUAUGUCAAGAAACUGGGGUACGUGACGGGUCACAUCUGGGCGUGUCCCCCCAGCGAGGGUGACGACUACAUCUUCCACUGUCACCCCAUGGACCAGAAGAUCCCAAAGUCCAAACGACUGCAGAAGUGGUGCAAGAAGAUGCUGGACAAGGCCUUAGCUGAGAGGAUCCUGCACGACUACAAGGACAUCUUCAAACAGGCGACGGACGACUGCAUCACCAGUGCCAACGAGCUGCCGUACUUCGAGGGCGACUUCUGGCCCAACGUGCUGGAGGAGAGCAUCAAGGAGCUGGAGCAGGAGGAGGAGGAGCGCAAGAAGGAGGAGCACACAGCCUCCUGUGACACCCCUGAGGGAACCCAGGGCGACACCAAGAACGCCAAGAAGAAGAACAACAAGAAGACCAAUAAGAACAAGAGCAGCGUGAGCCGGGCCAGUAAGAAGAAGCCGGGGAUGCCCAACGUGGCCAAUGACCUCUCCCAGAAGCUGUACGCCACCCUGGAGAAGCACAAGGAGGUGUUCUUCGUCAUCCACCUGCACGCGGGCCCCAGCGUCAACACCCUGCCCCCCAUCAUGGACCCCGACCCCCUGCUGACCUGCGACCUGAUGGACGGCCGCGACGCCUUCCUGACGCUGGCGCGGGACAAGCACUGGGAGUUCAGCUCGCUGCGGCGCUGCAAGUGGAGCUCCAUGUGCAUGCUGGUGGAGCUGCACAACCAGGGCCAGGACCGCUUCGUCUACACCUGCAACGAGUGCAAGCACCACGUGGAGACACGCUUCCACUGCACCGUCUGCGAGGACUUUGACCUCUGCAUCAUCUGCUACAACGCCAAGGGCCACGAGCACCAGAUGGUGAAGUGGGGCCUGGGCCUGGACGACGACAGCAACAGCCAGGGCGGCGAGGCGUCCGAGUCCCCCGAGGAGAGCCGGCGCCUCAGCAUCCAGCGCUACAUCCAGUGCCUGGUCCACGCCUGCCAGUGCCGCAACGCCAACUGCUCGCUGCUGUCCUGCCAGAAGAUGAAGCGCGUGGUGCUGCACACCAAGGGCUGCAAGCGCAAGACCAACGGUGGCUGCCCCGUGUGCAAGCAGCUGAUCGCCCUGUGCUGCUACCACGCCAAGCACUGCCAGGAGAACAAGUGCCCUGUGCCCUUCUGCCUCAACAUCAAGCACAAGCUGAGGCAGCAGCAGCUGCAGCACCGCCUCCAGCAGGCCCAGAUGCUGAGGAGGAGGAUGGCCAGCAUGCAGGGGGUAGGCCAGCCCCCCCCAGGACCAGGGGGGGACGGGGGACUAAGCCUGGGCUCCCUCGGAAUCGUACCUGGGGGCCAGCCCAGCACCCCCAACUUGAACCCCCCCAGCCAGAUUGACCCCAGUUCCAUCGAGCGGGCCUAUGCAGCCCUGGGCCUCACCUACCAGUUACUUUUUUAGAACUUCUGUCACUUC